AUGAACACCGAAAUGUCUUACAAUUUCUGCGGUCAAUUCAAUGGCCGAGGUCCUGUUGACCUCGGCGAAAGGCUCAAUUCGCCUUCUCAAGGCGGAUCACUUCACGGUUUCAAUAACCACGGCUUGCUCAGGAACAAUUCAAACGAGUUGCACUUGCAGGACUCACCUGGAGGGAGGAAUGAUGGUGGGAAUAAUCCUUGUCAUUUGGAAUUCCAGCGGACUCCCAACCACGAAGCCAACCCAGGCCGGUUAGAGUAUCCUAACCGGCGUCGAGAGCGCAAUGACCGAUCUCGUUCCCCCUCAAGUCGACCCAUUGGCACCAACACCGAUCCACAGUGGCCAUCUCGUGGUCACCCAAAUCUUCAAGAUUUGCGAGAUCUCCGUGAAUCUGACUUACCAAACAAUACUAUGUCAGGUGAUGAUAUUGGCGACGUAGUGGCCAUGUAUUCAUGUCCACUCAGCGGACCCACGAUGCGUUCUUUUCAGGACAUGGCGACACGGGCCGGUUUGGAAGGCCCGUUUCAUUCAUACGCUAAGGACCAAGCGGAGGUAUUUGGCAAAAAUAAUCGACAUUUGGCUCAAGUAACUGCCAAUUCGAAACUCCUAAUGGAGAUCUUACGCGUCAACAGUAAGAUUGACACAAUGUCUGACCAACUGGCCACGAUGACGAGGGCAGUCAUGGCCCUCGCCUCGCCACCAGAACCAGGACAGGCUCCCGCUCCCGGAUCGGCUACCGCACGAGCCUCAGAAUCCGCUCCAGCUGAAACAACCGUGAGGCCAAAGUGGUGCGCAAGCCCCAAACUUAUUGGGUAUACGGCUGUCGAAAACGGGUUGGAAGGGUACCUACCAAACUCAUUAUUCAAUAUUGCAAAAGAAGGGGCGGCAUUUGCGGCCGAACACCUUCCACGCCAAACCUGUGGAGUGGAAGAAGCCCCCGACACACAAGCGUAUUGUACCGCCCUGAGAUUAGCUGCCAAACACGCCAGAGAAAAGUUACACAACGUGCUCUUGGUAGGCAUCUAUGACCCUAAAACCAAAGACCGAGUUGAUAUACCGGUUCCCCAUCUCAAAGGAAUGGUCCAACGAGUUGCUGUGAGGUGUGCCGUUGCUGGGGACAAAGCCGAAGUAGACGCAGUGUGGGCAGCCACCGAUCGGCCCACACGCGCGCAAAUCACCUAUCUUCGUCGAGAAGCGGCGCGCGUGAUGCUAAAAGGGGGUAGAGGUUCUGAGUCUGUUUGGGCUGCAGUCGAUAGGACGCUUUCCGAGUUGCGAUUGAAGGCAAAUGAAGACUAUACUACCGCCUUUUAUCAAAUAAUCUAUGACGAGGAUUGCAAGUAUUUUGAUGGGAAAAAUUGGUUUAAGAAUCUGAAAGCACGCGAACCAAAAGUCACAUUGGACUUACCAUCCGAGGAGGCCAUCAUGGCGCGCAUGUCUGAAGCCGGGCGGAAUCCGACUCCAUCUGGAUCUCAUCCCACCUCGAUCGGGAAUCCACCAGCAAUUUAA